CCACGAGUGGCUGAAUGCAGUGAAAACAAUUUAUCAUCAACAGACCAGUCAGCUCAUACACUGAAAGCCACAGGUUUGAUAAGACAUCCAGACAAACGCCAUGUAAUCAGUCGCGGGUAAGGAGAUGCGUGUGUGUCGCAUAAAGCAGGUCAUUCUCAGCCAGCAGCACCGAUUGUUAGAUGAGCUGUCGCGUCCGGGAGCGUUGGAUCGUAGUUAGCAUUUGCGUGGCAAUCGUGUGACAGGCAAUACAACGCAUUUGGUGCUAUUCGGGAAUUAAGGAAUACAAAUAAUGCCGCUAAACAUACUCGUCACCGGAGGUGCCGGCUUUGUCGGAUCGCACACCGUGCUGGAACUAUUGAACGCAGGCCACGCGGUCAUUUGCGUGGAUAACCUGUGCAAUGCAUACGGUGGUGGAACCGCAUCGAAGCUGCCAGAAUCGUUGAAACGGGUGCAGGAAAUUACGGGUGCUAGCGUAACGUUCUAUGACGUGGACAUUCGGAACCGUGAUGAGCUACGGAGUGUUUUCAAUAAGCACAAAAUUGAUUGUGUCGUGCAUUUUGCUGCACUGAAGGCCGUCGGUGAGUCGUGUCGAAUUCCUUUGAAGUACUAUCAAAACAACAUUACCGGGACGAGCAUUCUGCUGGAAGUGAUGGCAGAGGCUGGCGUGUUUAAGAUAGUGUACAGCUCGAGCGCCACCGUGUACGGUGAGCCACAGAAGCUCCCGUUGACGGAAAGCCACCCGACCGGUAGCUGCACCAACCCGUACGGUAAAAGCAAAUACUUCACGGAGGAAAUCAUGAAGGACCUGUGCGAAUCGGAUCCACGCUGGACGGUCGUCUCGCUGCGCUACUUCAACCCGGUCGGGGCCCACAAAUCCGGCCGGAUCGGAGAGGACCCGAACGGUGAACCGAACAAUCUGAUGCCAUACAUCUCGCAGGUGGCCGUCGGACGGCGUGAGUGUUUGCGCGUGUUUGGUAACAACUACGAUACGCCGGAUGGUACCGGUGUGCGCGAUUACAUCCACAUCGUCGAUCUGGCCGAAGGGCACGUGAAAGCAAUCGAUAAGCUGGCUGGCGGUACGAUCAGUGGUUUCUGUGUGUAUAAUCUUGGUACGGGGCGCGGGUACUCGGUGUUGGAAGUAGUUAAAGCCUUCUCGAAAGCAUCCGGAAGGGAGGUCAAGUAUGAGAUUGUAGAUAGACGUGCCGGUGACGUUGCGGCAAGCUAUGCGGACGUAUCGCUUGCCGCCAAAGAGCUCGGAUGGACAGCCAAACGGGGACUGGAUGAGAUGUGCGAGGACACCUGGAACUGGCAGAAAUCUAAUCCCAAUGGGUUUGCCGGAUAGAUGGGGGAUGUAGAACACGGGACCAAGGUGUUGACCUGUCACUAAUUGCACCAAAGGUUUCGUUGCAUUUGCCACUAUCGCAAACUAAUUCCUUAUGCUUUUUAAGUUGCAUUUCCCUUUCAAUUGUAUCGCUUUUUAGAACUGUAUGUAGCUAAUCUUUAUGAGCGGAUAUAGAUCAUGUAGCUGCACGGAUAUAUCACCAUUCUUCCCCAUAGGAAUGGUUUAUUUUGCAUGGUCCAUUAAUUGCUUUGCUAGUAAAAUUGAUUUUCGCUUUCAAAAGUGGAAUAAAAUAAGCAAAAAUUUAUC